AUGAAGAACAGAAUCAUUGCUGAUGGCGGCUCAGUCCAAAAUAUUCCCAACAUUCCUGCUGAUAUCAAAGCAUUGUACAAGACUGUUUGGGAGAUCAGCCAACGAACUAUCGUGCAGAUGGCUGCUGAUCGAGGUGCAUUCAUUGACCAAUCCCAGUCUCUCAAUAUUCAUCUCAAGGAGCCUACCAUGGGCAAGAUCACCUCCAUGCAUUUCGCUGGGUGGAAACUUGGCUUGAAGACGGGAAUGUACUACCUGCGUACCAUGGCCGCCUCUGCGCCCAUCCAGUUCACAGUGGACCAGGAGCAGCUUCAAGUAGUAGACACGAAUGUGGCGCGUCAGCGAGCAGCACCAAAGAAGAGACUCACCUCUAGCGGGUAUAACGGUUCAUACGCAGCAAUUCCCAGACCAAUGUACGCCCAAAAAGGCAGCGGCCACGGAUCCGCAACAUCCGUCAAUGGGAUGCCAACCCCUACAGCCACGCCUCCGCCCACCAGCGAGCAAAAGACCUUUGCUCCGGCGGCAAUCAAGAAGGCUUCUCGUCUAAGUGAAGGUGAAGAUAGCGAUGAUGCAAAAAUUAGGCCUGUAGCCGUAGUAUGUGUCCCACCGCAAUGGGUGGUCUAG